CAGGACCUCAAGUGUGAUCACCAUGUUUCUAAACAGAACUGUAAUUAAGAAGGAAGAGAAGAUGGAGAAGAAGGAGGAAAGAAAACCUGAAAACAUUAAAAAGGAAGAAAAAGAUGAAGAUGAGCUGAAACCAGGAGCAGCCAAUCGGUCCCGAGUCACCAGAUCAGGAAGCAGAGGCAUGGAACGAACAGUCGUGAUGGAUAAAUCGAAAGGGGAGCCUGUCAUUAGUGUGAAAACCACAAGCAGGUCAAAGGAGAGAAGCUCAAAGAGUCAGGAUCGCAAAUCGGAAAGCAAAGAGAAGAGAGACAUCUUGUCCUUUGACAAAAUCAAAGAGCAAAGGGAACGAGAGCGCCAGAGGCAGCGGGAACGGGAAAUCCGAGAGACAGAGAGGCGGCGAGAGCGUGAGCAGCGUGAGAGGGAGCAGCGCCUGGACGCCCUCCACGAGGGGAAGGAGAAGGCUCGGCUGCAGCGGGAGCGCCUGCAGCUCGAGCGCCAGCGGCAGCGGUUGGAGCGGGAGCGGCUGGAACGGGAGCGGCUGGAACGGGAGCGCGAGCGCGUGGAGCGGGAGCGCCGGAAGGAGCAGGAGCGCAUCCAACGUGAGCGCGAGGAGCUGCGGCACCAGCAGGAGCAGCUGCGCUACGAGCAGGAGCGGCGGUCGGUGCUCAGGAGGCCCUACGAUGUUGGGCGGCGAGAUGACGCCUAUUGGCCAGAGGGAAAGCGCAUGGCCAUGGAGGACAGAUACCGCCCAGACUUCCCUCGGCCCGAUCACCGUUUCCACGACUUUGACCACCGUGACCGGGGCCAGUACCAGGAGCACGUGGCCGACAGGAGGGAAGGUUCAAGGUCAGUGAUGGGAGAGCGAGAUGGGCAGCACUACUCAGAUGACCGCCACGGCCAUGGAGGACCACCAGAGCGCCAUGGCCGCGACUCCCGAGAUGGCUGGGGUGGCUACGGCUCCGACAAGAGGAUGAGCGAGGGCCGGGGGCUGCCUCCUCCCCCCAGGGGUGGCCGUGACUGGGCGGAGCACAGCCAGAGGCUGGAGGAGCAUCAGGAGCGCGCCUGGCCGGGCACAGUGGACGCGGGCACGGCGGGCCGAGAGCACUUGCGGUGGCAAGGUGGUGAGAGGGGCCUGUCUGGGCCCUCGGGGCCAGGGCAUGUGGCAAGUCGGGGUGGAAUAUCGGGGCGAGGCGGCUUUGCACACGGCGGGCACGCCCAGGCUCACGUGGUGCCCUCCGGAGGCCUCGAGGGUGGAGGAGUGGCCGGCCAGGACCGGGGCAGCAGAGGCCCGCACCCCGCCCCCCACCCAUACCCCCACUUCACCCGCCGCUACUAGAGCCCACCCACCCCGCGUGUCCUGGUAGGCAGGCAGAUGUACUGUUGAGUCUCUUAGCCAGAGUUACCUUGAACUUGUGGAAUCUUUUAAGAAACAGAAGCAAAUCCUGCCACCGUGUUGUAGCUUAAUACAAUGUGAAUCCACUUUUUUUUUCUUUUUUUUUUAAAUAAAUGUGUUCUUGUUCUGCUAUUUGUAAGACAAGGUUUCUGUUAACGAGGCAUUCCAUUUUCCGUUAAUAAAAGUUUAUGGUUCGCA